AUGGACAUCAAUGAUAAGAUCAAAGAAGAAGUCACCAAACAAUUGAAAGCUGGUGUGAUUCGGGUGGUCCGAUACAUCACAGAGUUGGCUAACGUGGUUCUGAUGGAUGAAGAAGACGCAGGAAAGACAGCUUUCACCAUACCUUGGCGCAUAGACUGUUACAGGGUCAUGCCAUUUGGUUUGAAAAACACUGGGGUGGCCUACAUGAGAGCUAUGAUUGCCAUCUUCCAUGACAUGAUGCACCAGCAAAGUGAGGUGUAUGAGGAUGAUGUGAUCAUUAAAUCCAAAACUCAUAAUGAAAGCUCAAGCCUUGGUGGAAAUCCGGUUGAUGAUGAAUACCAACCCUUAAAUACUUACUUUCCAGAUAAGGAAGUGAACUCAGUUGAAGUAAUUCCAGAGGACACAAAUUCUUGGAAAAUAUUCUUUGAUGGAGCUGUAAAUGCAAAAGGUGUUGGGAUUGGAACAAUUCUGAUUUCGCCCACAGGUCAACACUAUCCGGCAAUAGCCCGUCUUCGGUUCUUCUAUACCAACUACACUGUUGAGUAUGGAGCAUGCAUUAUGGGCAUGAAUAUGGCGAUGGAUCUGGAUGUGGAGGAAUUGUUAAUCAUGAGAGAUUCUUAUUUGAUCAUUCAGCAAGCCCAAGGUGAAUGGAAAACUCGAGACAUCAAACUCAUCCCAUACAGGCAACAUGUGGAAGAUCAUAGCAAACGGUUCAAAUCUGUCGAGUUCAGGUAUAUUCCUCGAUUUCACAACGAGUUAGCUGAUGCACUAGCUACUUUGGCUUCAAUGCUGUUGUAUCCGGGUAAUGUCCAUAUUGACCUGUUGGAAAUCCAAAUUCGAGAAAGGCAUGGUUUCUGUAAUACAAUUGAAAUCUAA